AGUUUAGAAGAGAGAAGGAUCCCAGAGAGAAAGAAACCAAAACAGAGAGCCAAUGCCAAUGCCAAUCCCUAACCAUGGCAAGAUCUGGGCGAGUUGCCGGAAGGCGUGGUGAUUAUUAAGGCUCCCGAAGACUAUACCCCUCCUCGUGGAAAAGGGAAAGGGAACAAGGGGAAAGGGAACCGAGGGAAAGGGAACCAAGGGAAAGUGAAAGCACAGGUAAGUGAUGAUAAGGAAGGACCACCAUUGGCUAAUUACAUCAAACUAAGUGAGUAUUCCUUUGCAUGUAAGAUGUGUCCGAAUCCAGAUUGGCACCGGACUGUUCACUGCCCCAACCUCACUCCUGAGCUCAAGGAAAGGCUAAAAGUAGCAAGAAGCAGGGAUCGAAAACUUAAAGCUUUCCACCCUGAUGACAUGGCUUGUCAUAUUUGUCUAAAGACAGACCACUGGUCUUCAGAAUGCUCAUACCUGCUCGAAUAUCCGAGGGGUGCAAUUGUUGGUCGUUUUGCUCAAAUAAUUUGCUUGUGUUGUGGUGAGGAGAUGCCCCACCCUGGUGUGCCUGGUCUUGACUGGAAAGCAAGAGUUAUUCUCAAGCCUGCUGUUACUUAUCCCAGUAUCAAGGAACAGCUGAUGGAACUGACACUGGCAUCAGAAGGCGCAGCUGAUGGCAAUGGCAACAACGCAAGUACAUCAGAGGGCGCAGCUUAUGGCACUGGCAUCAAGGCAAGUGGUUGAAAAGCCGCAGCUGCUGGCACUGCCACCUUCACCUCAACAUAUAUAUGAUGAAAACUUGCUUCGUUCAACCAGCCUUUUUGCGGAGGAUACGUAGGAGCCUGACUUGCUUGAACUUUUGCAGAUUGUCUUACUAGAAUAAUACAUGGGUCAAACAAGAGAAAGUGUUUCUGGUCGUUAUAUGGAUGUAUCGGUGUUUAUAUCAGACAUAAUUAGCAGUCGUGUGUAGUUGGUUGGACAAUAUAUGAUUCGGAUUGCUCACCGUAGCUGCUUCUUUCUCAUCAACAGUUCCACACUUUGCUUUUUUCUUUGAUUGUUCUUAUGUCUUAAGGGGAAGGACCUGUCAAUAGACUGGAUUUUGCUCCAGAUCUAGUCUCAAUUUGCUGUUACUGAAUGAGUUUUGGAUUUUGAUGAUUUGAUAUAUUAACAACUAGUUGCCGUAA